CGCGGACGGAGAAUCCAUCAGCCGCCGUCGGUCGCGUUACGUUUCAGCCAAACUUUGACGCUACUGGCUGUCCCUCCCUCCCUCCCCCUUCUCUCCCCUGCUCCCCCCCUCCCCACUAACGCAAAGUGCGUCGCGCACACAUGCGGGGAUCGCGGUAUGUUCACGCAAAUGUAUGCCUGGCGCUCCUCGUUUAAGGCCGUGACACGAAUCUCCGUAACUUUUAUCGUCGCUGCGAUCCGCGCACCGUAGGUGUGCAAUCGCCGAGCAGAAGCUGCGACGCGCUCGCGCGAGCGUUCGCGCGUGCGUCACACGUCCCACUGUGUCGCUGCAAUGUGCGCGUGUCGUCCAUUGAUGUUGUUUUGACAAAUGUGACGUAGACCGUGACGCGCCGUAACGAUGAGAUAAGCAGAUUCUGUGUGUGAAUAAAUAACGCUCGCGCGUCUCUGUGCGCGUGCGCGCGCUCCUAAUCUCGUCGGGUGGAUUUCUAAGCUGCGCACUUGAGAUUUUUCUAGCAAAAAGCGAGACGCGCUGAUGAGCGUGGAGUGGAGUACACGCUGUUUCCUCCGUGGACUUUGUCCGUGCGGCGAGUGGGCUCCCUCAGUCCAGCACUGCACGCACACCUGACGUACACGCAGCACCUGAGCGUGCAGCCCGUGUGUCCGGGUUCCAAACUGAAGGAAGCGGCGUGAGGGUAAAGUGCACCCGGGAUGACGAGGAGUCACCGUCUUCCUAAACGUCGUCCAGUUGUUUCUCUUUGCAGUUCUGACCCUGCAGCACAGCCCGCAUGUAACAUCGUGUGAUACAGCCUGGUGUGUGCAGGUGGUGGGCCCAAAGUUUGCGCUCAAACGCUCACUGCGUCCGUCUUUGAGCCAAAGGCUUUCCUAAAGUCAAUCCGGUUUCUAAUCAGAGCUCCACUGUCCCAUCCGUUGCAGGACUGCUGGUUCUUGACGUCUCUGAAGGUUACUUCAUCAUGACUUAAAGGAUCAUUACGCUGUCCGCGUCAAGAGUAAAGACCACAGCGACGCCACCAAUGGUGAACAAUCUGAUUAUGCAGAAGACUCUGAACUCUCUGUAGCUCACCUGGGAAGCUCCAUGGAUUAAAAAGGUCACUUUACCAAAGUCAGGGAGGAAGACGUGACGCCCGCUCUGUGGGAGUUCUGUGCCUGAAACAGGAUCACAUCAUCUGGACGAGCUUUUUGUAUUUUCUGUUCAUUUGGAGUAAUAUGGUUCAUGGAAGAUGGAAUAAAAUAUCAGUGGGAGUUAUUCCUAAACAAGGACUGACUGCAAAAUUCAAGAAUGGAGCAGGAUUUUACACAGUAGGAUCUCGUAUCUCAUAUCAGUUGUGGAUGGUGUAGGUACCUUGUAGGUACUACCCUGGACACCGUGGAUUUUACACACAAUUCAUCUACAAACAUCUGAAGUGCAGCAGGCAGUAUUUGUAACUGGAAAAGUCUUCCUUUUCUCACUUGUAAAUGGACGUCUGAGCCUUCUAAAGCUACAAGGGGAUAUUUUCCAUCUUCUGUUUGGUGUCUCACUGUUGGCAAAAACAGGGAAAGCCCUCCAAACAUGUCCGGUACGGGAAGGAAGCACUUGGUCAGAGACUUUAACCAUUUCAUCACCUGCUACCUGUGUCGAGGUUACCUGAUUAAACCGACCACAGUCACCGAGUGCCUGCACACAUUCUGUAAGAGCUGUAUUGUGCAGCACUUUGAGGAGAGCAAUGACUGUCCUAAAUGUGGCAUUCAGGUCCAUGAGACCAACCCACUGGAGAUGCUCAGGUUAGACAACACCCUGGAGGAGAUCAUUUUCAAGCUGGUACCCGGACUCAGAGAAAAAGAGGAACAGCAAGAGCUCGAGUUCUGGAGGAAGAACCAGCCCAAAGAAAACGGCCAAGAAAACCUGAGGUGUCCACGGUUCGGGGUCCCCGAUGCUGGAGGCGACGCUGGUGAUGGUGGAGGCAAUGAGGCGGACGGUGCCGGCGAUGACGACUAUCACAGGAGUGACCCACAGAUCGCAAUCUGCCUGGACUGCUUACGCAACACAGGACCGUCGGGGGAGAGCACGGUCACGGAUUUGAUGAAGAGGUUCAUCCGCUGCUCCAGUAGAGUCACCGUGGGAACAAUUAAGAAGUUUCUCAGUCUUAAACUAAAGCUGCCGAGUUCCUACGAGCUGGAUGUUCUGUGUAACGGAGAGAUCAUGGGCAGAGAUCACACUCUCGAGUUCAUCUACAUGACCCGAUGGAGGCUACACGGAGAGAAUACAUAUCCCAUGGUACUCGAGUACCGGCCACGCAUCGACUUUGGCUGAACCACGAGUGCAAGAAGAGGACCACACACACACACACACACACACACACACACACACACACACACACACACAGUCAUCCAUACAAAGCAAGCAAGACAUUAAGAACAUCUGCAUUUCCAAGAAUAAACUGCACAUACACACACACGCACACACACACAUACGCACGCCAACCAUAUGCAGAAAAAGAGAGAAAUUUAAAUGUAUUUUUGUACAGCCAAUGAUGAAGUGCUUACGUUGUUAUGUUAAAGAGCUUUUAUGCUACAUAGAAUAAUAUAUGCUAUAAUAUAUGAUAUUUUUAAAUGUAUGUCCCUGUGCCUAAAAGAGCUGUUCGGAUCAGAAAUGAAGUAUGACCAUAUCUCCUCUUUGCCUGUCUAACUCUAACUGUAGAAUAAAUGUUGAUUUUCUACUGCUG